UUUGGGUAAUAAAUUACCCUGGAGCUGGAAGUGGAGCAGGAACUAUGCAUACACCUGUGACUGAUGCCUCCCAGAUGUACCGAAAAUGUCACACAUUAACCAACUCAUCCUCUGAGUGAGACGAUGAAGACAGCAGAAACAACUAAUUCAACACAGAUUUAACAACACUUUUUCUUAAAAUUACUAUUUUCCUCAGUUAUUUAUAUUAUAUGGAGCUUUUCCAAUCAUGUACAAGAAAACCUUUGCACCUGGUUGUUGGAAACAAUACUUGGCCAGUAAAAGAAGGUGCUGUAGGUUGUGAAAUGACUGGAUCACAUUGUUUGCUUAGCCCUAUAGUUUUGUUUGGGGACUUGCCAGGAAGUAGCAAGUUGUUGUGAGAAGGAACAGGAAAGCUGCAUUUGUCUUCAUCAGAGAGACUUCAGUUCACUUGUCAGCCAAGUUUUUUUUAACAGAACGUGGAAGAUGUGUGCCAGACUUCAGUUCACUAGAGGUCAAAGACACUGCUGUGUGCCCCUCCUUUUUCCUCUGUGGCUCAAACUCAACACACUGUCAGUGCUGUAGCAUUCAGGGGGACCUCCAAGCUACUGCCAGUUACAAGGGAGCCAGAUCGGGAGGAGCAGCCUGAAGACAAUAUGCCCCCCAAGUUUAAACGACACCUCAAUGACGACGAGGUCACGGGAUCCAUUCGCAGCGAGCGGAGGAAUCUACUGGAGGAGGACUCUGAUGAGGAGGAAGACUUCUUUCUGAGGGGGCCCACAGGACCCAGAUUUGGACCUCAGAAUGAUAAAAUGAAGCAGGUGCAGUCGCAGGUCGACGAGGUGAUCGAUGUGAUGCAGGAGAACAUCUCCAAGGUGAUAGAGAGGGGCGAGCGUCUCGACGACCUGCAGGACAAGUCGGAGAGCCUAUCGGACAACGCGUCUGCCUUCAGUAGCCGAGCCAAACAGCUGCACAGGAGGAUGUGGUGGAGAGACAUGAAGAUGAAGAUGAUUAUUGCCUUGGUAGUCGUUGCUCUCCUUCUCAUUAUCAUAGUUCCAGUGAUCCUGCGAUAUCGUUAGUGUCCCCUCUCCUCUCCACACAGUUCCACACACCCGCUAGGGGGCGCCAGCCAGCCUCCCCCACUCUCCUCAGCAUCAGCCUGUGCACCCUCAAGGAUCUGACCUCAACUUGCCCUUAGUACAGAUCUUAUCAUCGGUAUUUCUAAAUAAAUGUGCAGUGAGAUCAGUA